GUAUUAGAACAGUGUCUAUUGAAAAGUAACUAGGCAUAAAAGUCAUGCAUCCUGUAUUCUUGUUUUUGGUUGGAGCCGUAUUUGUAUACGGAGCAAAUUCAAGUGAGUGUACACCAGGUGACCGUUGGGCUGAUCCUAAUGAUUGCUCGUUGUUUUAUGAGUGUGACAGUGAGGGAAAAAUGCAGCACUGGCCAUGCCCCAUGGGAUUAUUCUUUAACAGCUCCUCAAAUAUGUGUGAUGACCCAAAUAAUGUUGAGUGCACCUGCAAACAAAGUCAAUAUUGGCCUUAUCAUGGUGACUGUACUAGGUUCUUUUACUGCAAAGACAGUAAAAUACAGCUAGCUCAAUGUCCUAAAGACUUUUUCUUUGAUGACCAGCAAAAUAUUUGUGAUCGCCACGAAAAUGUUCAUUGCUAUUCUAAACGAUUCCAAUUCUGGCCUGAUCCCCAAGAUUGUUCGAAGUAUUACGUUUAUAACCAAGAUGGUAAAAUAGGUCAUUUUGAAUGCUCCAAAGGAUUGUUCUUUAGCAAUCUAGCCAAUCUUUGUGCACCUCCCGAAGCAGUUAACUGCCCCUGGAGUAAUAAUUAAAAGUGGCGCUGACUUACAUAUACAAAGUAUUGAUCGAAGAAUACUUCAAAUGCUACAAAAACUACUUAAUUCAAUCAUUAGCU